UGUAGGUCGUCGUGUCGAUUGUGCAGCAGGCCUUCUUCUUUUGGCUUUGAACGCGUCAAACCGCGAACAUUCUCACGGUUUCAGUUCCAGUUUUGAAUCAGGAGUUGUGUGGGGUGUUUGUCGUGGGGUGCAAUUGAGCAGGAAGUUUAUUCAACCUUUGCAGUUUAAAUAAGACGUGCUCUUUUUAGAUAAUUUUUGCGUUGUUUUGUGUUGUUCAUUUUGAAAGAUUGGAGCGGGGUGCCAUGGCUUGCUUGUGCUGUUGCGAUCGCGUGGUUCUGUUUUGUGGCGAAGGGUUUUUGGGAGGUCAAUUGUUUGGAUGUGUCUUGUUUCUUUUGGGGACAUUUGCUUGUGCGUGAAGUUCUGUGGUUGUGUCUCAUGGAAUUUCAGCGACCGUUUUUGUUCGAGGGUUGUGUUCUGCGAGGGUGCGGAAGAUGAUGGAAAAGUAAAGAAUAUCCUCAUUUUCCUGAAUAGCUAGAGCCUUUGGGCAUGAUCGUUUUGGUUUUAGUGCUUUUUGGCCUGUGAAGUGAAUCACUGCCUUGGUUUUGUGCACACAGCUACAUGAUUAGUCGCAGAUUGAUCGUCUUGCAUUUAUAGUAUUGACGUUGAUUCCUAGGCCUGCACCUAGUGUUGCCUUUUAUGUUGGUAGCGAAAGCACGCCAUUUGCUUCCUCUUUCAAAGUUUCGAACAUUUGAGUUUUUGUUACCAUGUCACAUCUGGUGCAUUGAGAUUGUCCAGCUGGGGAAACCAUGAUUUUUUAUUUUUUAUUUUUCCCGCAUCCCGUGAGCAGAUCUCAAUGAAUCGGUCAUUGAAGUUAGAAUCUAAUAAACUAGAUGGCGCUGCUCUCUUAUUCUUCAACAGUGUGCCAGAGAGCCUCAAAUCGCACCUCUCAAGACUUGACAUCACGCAAGUCUAGUCAUGUAAUGAUUACCUUCAGAUCCUUGAGUUCUGGAAGCCUUCGAGGUGCUUCAAAGAGUUGUGUUCACUUAAAUAUUUGUCGAUUUUCCAAGGGCCUAAGCAAUGCCUCAAAGUUAGGGUUCUCUCUAGAAUCUAGGUCACGGCACAGGAAGUUCAAUGGAUCACGGGAAGUGCGGAAGUUGAUCACAGGGUGUGCGAGAGGCGACAGUAAUGACAAUGUCGGGGGAGAUCCACAGGUGCAGCAAAUGCUGGUGGAGAUGCUGCAGAUUCAGAUUGGCAAGUCUCGUGUGUCGGAUUUCGUUGAUGAAAGGUCGCGGCAUAUGCGCACCAUUGCGCGAGACACAUAUGACCAGUAUGAUCGUAUCGCUUACAGGACCAUGAAAGGUUUAGAUGCGUCCGGCAGCAGAGUGCUCAGGCAGCUCGAUGCACGUGCUCAUGCGAUUGAUCGGGAGCUUAGGCUGGCAAGGGCUGAACUUGAGUGGUCAACUGUUCAGGCUCAGGAGCUUGAUUUUGAAGAAUAUCAGCAGGUGGUUGCGUACUCUAGGAAUGAAGGGUUGUUCUUCAAGAAUCUAUACCCUGCACCAAGACUCCGCCGUCUGCGGUCGGCUUCUACCACUAAAUCAUCUGUUGAGAAGAAAGUGGCUGUUGCAAGGCCGACACGGGUUUUGAGUGGGAGCUACAGUCAGGUGCUUUAUGGAGGCCUAUCCUUGGUUAUAGUUUCCUUCAUGUGGAGCUCCAGUUCAGCACUCUUGACAGGCACUUGGAUGCGAGCUUCAAAGUUAGCCAGCUAUGGUAUGAUCCUUUCAGCUCUUCUGACCCAAUUAGCCUGCGUCAAAGUUUUAGAAGGAGAACCCGAGGUCUCUGAGGACAAAUAUUCAGUUGAUAUCAGCAACGACGCUGAUCAACCUUGAAGCAAUGCUGCUGCUGCUCUCCUGCAAUUAAUUGGACCCGUCCUUUUCUAUAAAUCAGAGUUCACCCACGUAGCGUUAUUUCACCAAGAUAUAUCAGUCACGUUCAUUGUAAUGCAUCUUAGCUUCAGAAUCAUGUACUAAUUCGACAGGUUACUUAGCACGUGUAAAUAUAUGCGUAUUUUUAUCCGGUUUAUUACUCUGCAGGCUCCAUCGUCUUGAGUCCUUAGAUUCAUAGAGAUAGAAAUAUUAUUUUGCCCUUAAUGGGAUUCUUGUCGAUAAAAUUACAGGUGAUUAUCUGACAAACCACUUUCCAAUCAUCUUUUGUAAAUGAUAAGAAAGAUAAUUAGUCUGCA